AAAAAUCAAAAAUGUCUGUGCUAAUUAGAAAAAUGGCUUCUAAAAAUAGUGAUCAGGAAUACAAAUUAUGAUGCGACAGUGAUUUAGUAUAUAAUUUAUAAUAUAUAAAAAACGUCCAAGAACAGUGCAGAGUGAGUGUGAAUUUGUUGGUUGAUAUUAUAAACAAUAAAAUUAAUGUCAAUCCUUACUGAAAAAUCGGCCAAAAUAUCGUCUAAUCAGGUGUCACGGGAAUCAAAAACUAUGCCUGGCCCAGCAGUGUGGACCGGAAUUAUGACACUGAGCCGUGGCCCGUAUAGCGAGCUCGAUAAAAUGAGCCUAUUUCAGGAUCUAAAGCUGAAACGAAGAAAAAUCGAUUCAAGAUGCAGUAGCGAUGGUGAGUCAGUUGCUGAUACAAGCACUUCAUCGCCAGAUUUGUUAGCACCAAUAUCGCCAAAAAUGUGCGACCAAGGGCCAAUUAUUUCCAUAUCGUCUUCAUCGAUAACAUCGGCGGCCGUCACAACCUCAACAACAACUGCAUCUGCAGUUGUAGUUGCAGCUAAAGCAGCAGCUGUGGCUGCUGCAGCAGCAGCUGCUGUUGCUAACCAACAACAGCAACAACAACAGAGUAACACUAUAAAACAAGAACCGCAAGCGCACUCAUCAAGUUCUACUGUGAAACAAGAAACACAAACGCAACAAAUACAUUCGUCAAGUUGCUCGACAUCAGAAGUUGCUGCGUCAGUUAUGUCACCUCCUCCGCCUAGCGUAGGAACUCCACCAACACCGGUGACAACAAGUGCACGUAGUCCGCCGCCACCGUCUGUGCCACGAACUACGCCAACACCUCCCCACGGCAACGGAUUGACCAGUAGCACAAGCUGCGGAACUAGUAAUGAUGGUGAUAGUAGUCGAACCUCACCGGAUUCACUUGAUGAUAAACCGUCAACAACGACUAAUCCUACGCCCUCAAACGGAAUGCAUGGUUCGUCUUUAGCGUUUGGUAAUACUGAUAUGAUGGUUAAUAGUAGCAGUGGUGGUGGAAGUACCGGGAAUGGCCCUGGAGGUGGAAAUGGAGGUAGUAGUGUUAACUUGAGUGUGAUACGUUCCGUUAAAGAAGAACGAAUAUUAGCUUCACCAACAAAAAUGAUGGCUUAUCACCAUCAUCAACAACAGCAACAACAUCAAUUGCAACAGUUGCAACAGCAACAGCAGCAACAUCAUCAACAACAACAACAGCUGCAGCAACAACAAAUACAACAACAGCAGCAGCAACAGCCACACCAACAACAACAACACCACCAACAACAGCAGCAACAGCCAUCUUCAAAAGGCUUGACGCAGUCCCAGCAACAUGUAACCGUCUUAGUGACACCUUCAAGAAUAAAGUCUGAACCACAGCAACAUUCACCCUAUCAACAACACAGCAGUAGCAGCAACAAUAUUCACUCUUCCCUUCCGCCCUCGCAACAUCAAAUGUUACAGCAGCAUCAACAUCAGCAGCAGCAACACCAUUCGCAUCACUCGUCUCAUCAGCAACAUCAACAGCACAUCCAACACUUACAUCAAAAUCCUCAUAUCUCAUCACGAAAGUCCAGCCCACCUUCCCAUCAGCAACAACAACACCAGUUUCACAGUCACAACCGUGGUGACAACGGCCACAAUAUGACGAUAACCACAUCGUCAACGUCGCCCAUGCACUUAACGCAGUCUCAGCAACUACAGAUUUUACAUGCAGCUGCAUCAACACAAGCCAUGAUCUCGCGACAACAAAUGUCUCCUAACUCAAUGUCUCCUUCAUCACGUCAAGGACCCCCAAUGCCUCAAGUGCACUCGUCACAAUCUCCCCAACAUCAGUCGCAUCAUCUCCUGCAGCAACAACAACAGCAACAACAACAACAGCAGCAGCAACAUAUUCGAAUUAAAAAAGAACCUUUACCAAUGCUAAAUCUUUCUCCAACAGCACAUCACAGGCAGCAGCAGGUGCAGCAGUCCCAACCACCCCAGAUGCCAACGCAGUCAAUGAGUAAUCUAACGGCGCAAGCUCUCAUGCAUCCAAGUCUGCAAUUGCGCCACCCUUCUAGUCGGGAUGCUUCUUCGUUACUUUUUCGUGUUAAAAACGAAGUUCACCAGCAGCUUCCGAAUCUAAUGCAAUCCUCUCCCGCUCAACGUAUGGUUUGGGUUUCCAACAACGCCCGGAUCAAUGGUGUCAAGCCCGAAGUGAUUGGUGGGCCAAUCGGAACCUUGCGUCCCAAUGCUCCAGUUCAAUCACCUUCCCCUCAUCAUUCGUCCUCCUCGUCGUCAUCACAGCUUUCCCCCCAAACGCCGUCACAGACGCCACCACGAGGCACACCUACAGUUAUUAUGGGUGAGAGCUGUGGAGUUCGAACAAUGGUUUGGGGAUAUGAGCCUUCUCCACAAUCCGUUCAAUCACCACCUGCCGCUCCAACUCCACCAACUCCAACUCCGGGUCCAUCUCAAAACACCGAAGAGGCUGCUCAGUUAUUGCUGAGUCUGGGACAAACCCGUAUUCAAGACAACAGGCCGCGACCGCAGCCUUUUCGAACACCGCAUGCACUUAAUAUGGAACGACUUUGGGCUGGAGACUAUAGUCAACUGCCGCCUGGGCAGUUGCAAGCUCUAAAUUUAAGUGCCCAACAACAAUGGGGGGCAUCAAAUUCAGUAGGAAGUGGUGGUAGUAUGGGACACAGUCGGCCUCUUGAUGCUCCGCACGAUCCAACCGACGAAGAUGAACAACCCUUGGUGUGUAUGAUUUGUGAAGAUAAGGCAACCGGCUUGCACUACGGAAUUAUAACCUGUGAGGGGUGCAAGGGAUUCUUCAAAAGAACUGUUCAAAAUCGUCGUGUUUACACUUGCGUUGCCGAUGGAACCUGCGAAAUAACCAAAGCACAGAGGAAUAGAUGUCAGUAUUGUCGUUUUAAGAAAUGCAUCGAACAAGGAAUGGUGCUCCAAGCUGUACGCGAAGAUCGAAUGCCCGGUGGUCGUAACAGUGGUGCCGUUUACAAUUUGUAUAAAGUAAAAUACAAAAAACAUAAAAAAUCCGGCCAAAAACAACUUCAACAACAACAACAGCAACAGAUGCAACAACACCAUCAUCAACAGCAGCAUCAUUCGCAACAACAGCACCAUCUUCAACAUCCACAUCAUCAUCAGCAUUCACACCAACAUCAGCAAUCACCUCACGGAGGUGGAAUAUCAGGACAACAACAGCAUCAACAGCAGCAGCAACAUCAACAGCACCAGCAAUCCCACUUAUCACAUCAACAACCGCAUUCACAACACCAACAACAUCCUCUGUCACCGCACCAUGCGGGUGGUCAGACAUCCUCAAACCAUCAUCACCCGCAUCACCAUUCAAGCCAGUCUCCCCACCAUCACCAUCAUGCCAUGCAAAUUCCGCAGCAACAACAAACAAAAAUAAGUGCCGCUGCCGCUUCAUCAGGUGGCAACGAUAUUAAAAAUGUGUUCCUAUGCCCUUCCAUCUUAAAGCAAGAUGAUGAAAGCCAAGACAUCAAGCUACCCUCGCACUUGGUUAACGGAACAAUACUUAAGACUGCCCUUACAAAUCCCAGCGAAAUAGUGCAUUUACGUCAUCGCCUGGACAACGCAGUGAGCUCCUCCAAAGAUAGACAAAUAUCUUACGAGCAUUCAGUGAACAUGAUCCAGACUCUGAUCGAUUGCGACGCCAUGGAGGACAUAGCAACACUGCCGCAUUUCUCCGAAUUCCUUGAGGAUAAGUCUGAAAUAAGCGAGAAACUCUGUAAUAUUGGUGACUCGAUUGUCCAUAAGCUUGUGUCUUGGACUAAAAAGCUACCCUUUUACCUUGAAAUCCCCGUGGAGAUUCAUACGAAACUACUGACAGAUAAGUGGCAUGAAAUUCUCAUACUCACAACAGCUGCUUACCAGGCAUUGCAUGGUAAAAGAAUGUCUUGUUCUACGACGACAGUUGGUGGUGCAAGUGGGACAUCAGCAACAUCAAAUCCAGCCUCCCCCAUAACGACAAUGGGUAUGCCUUUGCAGAAGGAUGAUCCGGAAUUUGUUCAGGAGGUAAAUGCACAUUUGAGCACCCUCCAAACGUGUCUUACAACGCUUAUGGGUCAACCAAUUGCAAUGGAACAAUUGAAAAUGGAUGUUGGUCACAUGGUGGAUAAGAUGACUCAAAUAACGAUUAUGUUUCGUCGGAUUAAAUUAAAAAUGGAGGAAUAUGUGUGCUUGAAGGUUUAUAUUUUACUUAACAAGGAAGUGGAGUUAGAGAGUAUACAAGAACGCUACGUGCAGGUAUUGAGGACGUAUUUGCAGCAUUCGUCGCCACAAAAUCCGCAAGCGAGAUUAGGUGAACUUUUGUCGCACAUACCAGAGAUUCAAGCAGCUGCUAGUUUGUUACUGGAAAGUAAAAUGUUUUACGUACCAUUCGUCCUAAAUUCAGCUAGUAUAAGGUAGCAAAUGCAGGAGCGUGGACUCAUUUCGAUGGAUGAUGAUCCACAAUCACCGCCUCCGCCACUACCAACUCCACCACAAAAGAUAAUGUUACAUCAUUCACUAUCCUCAACAUCAUCAUCAAUUUCUAAUCAGCAACAACAUCAUGGUUAUAGAAAUUUACAAGAACUAUCACUGUCAACAACUGCAAUAAAUCAGCAACAGCAGCAACAACUUAAAGAUAUAAAACCAACACUGCCAGUUCAGUCUUUGUUGAAAUCCUCGCUACUUGCAUCAUCUUCAUCAUCAUCGUCAUCAUCAUCGUCGUCGACAACAACGUCGACUGCAACUACAAUGCAAUAUCAAGAGACUAAACGGCAAGACCAACAACAAACAAAUGCAACAGAACUGCCCAUCCAACAAUAUAAGUCAAUUUUACACACGCAUUUAAUGUCAAAACAGGCAUCAUCGUCGUCGUCUUCCUCGACAAGUGGAUCAAAUUCAACAUCAACAUCAACAAGUUCGGCAUCUUCAGGCGGAACAAUGAAUCUUAUGAACACUAAUCAACCUGCUAGCCGCAACCACUUGCAGGAUAUUGUGUCCCAUGCACACAUCCAACAAUACACACUGCCAACAACGAAGCAACAUCAUCUAAAUCAACACCACCAGAUGCAGGGUCAUCAAAAUAAGACACCAACAUCUUCGACAAUGACGACGACGUUGCUGCCACAUUUUGUAAUAUCGACACCUUCAACCACAAACAACGGUAGUAAUAGUAAUAGCAACAAUAACCUAAGCAAGAGUAACACUAAUUGUGUUACCGAUGUAAGUAAUAGUCUAAGUUAUAGUAGUCUAAGUAGUAGUAAUAAGAAUAACAACGUUAACAGCUGUCCAAAGAGUUCGUCAACCUCAUAUCAAGUUUCGACACCAACCACUAGCCACCCAACUGCAACCACUGCCACAGCAACGACACAAACCCAAACUGAUGAUGUAGGUUUAGGUGUAGGUGUUGGUGAAAGCGGAAAUGCUACACUCAGCUGUAGCUCCAGCUCCAGUAGUCAUCACUUACAAAUGGUGCCAUCUAGCAGUGGAAGUAUGGGACCUGGUGUCUUAAAUACCCCUGGGGUUAAUAGUAUGGCUGGCAGUGGUGGUGGUGGGACAAUAUCGAGGCGCGUUCCUCCUCAUCAUCAUGAAGCUGUUACCGUUGUUGUAUUUAAAACAAUGUUACCUGAUGACUGAAUUAUAAUAUAAAGGAGAUAAAAUGGAUUACACAUUUUCGUGAAUGUGUUUUCCUGUAUUUAAACUUUUUUCCUUUUUUAAAUAUUGAUUAAGAAAUGAAAAAAGUAAUUCUAAUUCUUACCUUUUUGUUGGUAGGGCUGCAUUAUACAGAUAAAUACAUAUAUAAAAUUUUUUCUAUAUAUAGAUACUUUACUUUUUUACGCAUUGUACAUUUUCAAUAUACUGAUUUGUUUGUAGAUACAUAAUUUUAUAGAGUUUUUGUUUUUAUAAUUUUA